AUGGCAGGAGGUAGGUACUAUGUGUGCAAAACCUGUGGUCCUGCAAGCUGGAUUUAUGCCUCUAAAGUGCAGAAGUUUGCGAAGUGCAGUUGGUGUGGCAAGCCUUGGCCCGCUGAUGUACCGCAGGCACCUUGGAGAGAACCUAGCAGGCCGCGACCUCGAACUCGGCAGCCGAAGCCAGCUAAGCUAGCAAGCUGCCUUCAGAAGGUGUGGUCCACCUUGCCUGCAGAUGUGUGUUUGCAGUUUGAGCAGGCUGGCUUUAAAGUGCCGGCCCCAAAGCAGGAAGAUGUUGACCUACUCAGCCUUUUGCAGCGCAACCGUGAUGAUCUCCCCCAGGAAGUCCUGGAUGCUCUGCCAGCAGCACCGGUCCCUAACCCAGUGCAGGAAGGCAAGGCUGCAGGUGUUGAGUGGCGCAACUCCGUCGGUAAGUUGCGCGACCUUGGCCAGCGUAAGUUGAAGCUGCAAGAAGACAUUGACCUGGCCAAGGCCAAUCUGAGGGCCCUGCUGACAAAGAUGCAGGACUUGCAAGCUUCCAUCCAGGAAGCACAGACUGAGGUCAACAAAGCCACUCAGGAUUAUGAAGCUAAGGUUCUCACACAGUGCGCAGAAGAGGCCAGUCAUGGAGUAGAUUCUGUGUUGCAGGCCCUGGGUAUCGAGGAGGACACCCUCACUGAGGCCCAAAAGCGCAGUAUCGCUGCUCUGAAGAAGGACAAUGCUGAUGAGGCCAAGCGCCGCAAGACCGAGCAGCAGGAUCGUUUCCCGCCUGGAUUGCUCCCGAAGUCUACGGCACCCCCGGCCGCCGAACCCCAGCAAAACGCCGCAGACGCUAAGGACUUGAACAGCCAGUCCGGCAAGGCGCGCAGUCGCUCGCCCAAGCGCGGUGACAAGGGCUGGGGCUCUCUUCUCAACCUGAGUGCAUAUAAAGCCCUCGAAGGGCUUGAGGAGCAGAGCCAGGAGGGCACCCUUGAAUACUGGACUCUUUUCAGGUCCCUGGAGGCCACCGAGGCCCGUGAUAAUAGCCUUGAAACCUGGGCUCGCAUCGCCAGAGCUUCGGAGGACCUGGUGCACUCCACUUCCAGAGGCCGGGCCCGUACCUUUACUUUCGUUUCGGCCAAUGUGACCUCCUGGAGACCAGAGCUCAGGCAGUGGUUGGUUUCACUGCAGUGUGACGUAGCCCUGAUUCAGGAGCACCACCUCUCUGAAAAGGCCUUUCAUGCUGAAUCGGUUGCCCUAGCUAAGGCAGGCUAUCAUUUGCAUGGCCAGCAUUCUCCCGCCCGUAAGCGCGAAAUUGGAGGUGUGAUGGUCUGUGUCAAGGCUCAUUUGCAAGCCAGGCACGUUCAUACCUUUCAAGAUCCUGAAACGGGCUGUGGCUUUGUUGCGAUUGCUGUCCGGGUGACCGGCUUCGACUUAGCCCUCAUCUCUUUGUAUCUCGAGUCAGGUAGUUCCUUCGAAGGCCGGACCAACACAGUGGUCCUUUCCCAUCUGUAUGGCGUGCUGGCCUCGCUCAAAUGCCCCUGGUGUGUGGUGGGGGACUGGAACAUAGAUUCCUGUGAGGUCCUCGCCACCAGGCUUGAGGACCUCACCAGGGGCCGGCUCCUUGGAACAGGAAUGCCUACGGCUGGCACCGCAGCAGAGCUAGAUUAUGCACUGGUCCACCCGACCCUGGCUGACUCCUUUGACCCCAUCACAGAUGACCAGCGCCUUUUGACACCGACGGUUGUCUCCCCGCAGCAGGUCGUUUUGCUUGAGAUUGAAGCAAGUGACCCCGUGUCUCUUGCGUUUGCGGAGUUCUCUGCCACAGCUGAGGCGAUUACCAGUGGUUUGGGCAAGAACACGCGGCUGCCGUUUCUAACCAACGUGAUCUCACGAUCUUUGUCUCGCGAGCUGAGUAUGGGGCCAGUGUACCGAGCUCUUAAAAGCCAUGAGCAAACUCUUGCUCGGCCCUUUAGAGAUCAGUCAGCUCUGGCCCGUGCCUAUUGUCGCAUGGAAUUCUGGAGCCACAUUUGGGAUGCGACAAUUGUUCCCCCUCAAGUCCAAUUUUCUGCAGAGCGCCUCGCCUUGAGGGCUGAGGCCUCGCAGCAGGCGCAGGAUCUGUCACCGCUAUCUUGGGAGCAGGUCAAGACUGCGUGCCUGGCCACGGGCAACAAGAAGGGAGGCCUUGAUGGUUGGUCGUACAAGGCUCUGCGUAACCUCCCUGACUUCUGCUACCGACAGCUUGCGGGGCUCUUUCGUCUUGCUGAGACGGACCUUACUUUGCCGCUUCAAAUGCUUACGGUGCAGGUCGCCCUUCUUGCAAAAACCCCAGAAAAAGAGCGCCCCAUAUCUCUCACAUCGGUCCUUUGGCGAGUGUACAGCAAGCUGCGACGCCCGCUCCUGGAGAGCUGGUUAAAGGAGUACGCGGCCUUUGCCCCUUUCGACUCCGCCACCCCAGGACACACUUCCCUUGACCCAGCACUUUCUCGCUUGAUCAAGGCAGAAGAUCAUAAAUUUCGCAAAGUUACUUUCAUAACUUUGUUCGUUGAUCUUGAAGGUUUCUAUGAUGGGGUAGAUUUUUCUCGACUGAUAUCACAGGGCAAAGCUUUGUCAUUUCCACCCUUGCUUUUGGAACUUAGUCUUCAGCUUUACAAUGGGCCUCGUUGUCUCCAUGGCGAGGGGGUCAGCACUGUUGCUUUGUGGCCCCAGAGGGGCAUCCUUCAGGGGUGCCCGUACGCACCCACGGUUGCAAAACUCACCACUCAUGCUCCGCUGCAGGGCAUCUCCCAGCACCGUGGGGUCAGCCAUGCUGAUUUAUGGCUUGAUGACAUCAGUGUCGAUGUGUCUCAUGCUGACCCGGAGGUUGCGGCCUCUUUGGCCCUGUCGGCCUCCAGGAAAUUGGAGGCCCUGCUUUCCGUUGAGAAGCUUCGCAUUAACAAAACCAAAACCAAGUUUGUUGUCAAUAGUGCCAAGGCGGCCAAAGCACUCAACAGUAUGCGUGUUGAAGGCGAUCCUCAGGUUGCUGACUUGGUCCGGGACCUUGGACUUGACUCGGCAGGUGCCAAGCGCAGAAGGGUUACGCAUGCUUUGAAACGCUUCAAGGUUGGCCGCGCCCGAAACCAGAAACUUCACCAACUUGGCACAGGCUGCAAAGCCCACAGGUUGUAUGCCACUUCCAUUCUUACGGCCGAGAUCUAUGGUUGCCAGGGACAGGGCUUGUCCCCCAAAAGGCUCAAGGUCGUUCGCGCAUCCAUCUCCAGGCAUGUCGGGCGGUCCAAGUGGGGCUCUGUCGACGUGUCUCUGGACUGUAUGUCCUUUCGUUGCCAAGACCCAUUGUUGACAGUUGUCCUUGCGCAGGCUGAUGCUUUGUAUAAAAUGUUCGGCCCCUCCACGGCACAAGGCUGGGAAAUCCUAGCCCGCACCUGGAAGGUGGCCUGGACUCGCCAAGAGGCGGCCGUGCAUGGAUGGAAGUGUGUUGCAGGCCCGGUUGCUGCUAUGGUGCAGUAUUGUAUUGAUUUGCGCAUCAAUGUCAGUGAUCCUCUGCGCUGGGUUCAUAGCAGCGGGGUUCUUCUGCUUGAUGUCACCAACCCUGGCCUUUUCCUGUCAGUUCGCCGCUUUCUCACUCAGGUUGUUGCCCUUGAAAGGGCUUCUCGCUUUGGUGCAGUCCUCACGGCCCAAGGUGCCCAGCAAGGAGUUGACUGGUCAGUCCACCGAAAGCUCUUGAAGGUUUCCAAGCUUUCAUCCCCGCGAUGGGCCUUUCACGCCGUGUGGCAAGGACGCACCUUGCACGCUGGGAACGGGGGGUUUUCGCAUUGCGCAUGCGGGGCUGAGAAUACCCUGCACCAUGUCUACUAUGAGUGCCGGCUUGCGCCUGCUAAGUUAAGCCCGGCCCUCCGUAGUUUUCAGCGCAAACACCCAGACCCCUGCUUCUGGCUACGAGGAAUGGUCCCAAAGGCUUGGACGACCCCGCAGGUCUCGGCCUCAGCUUUGGAAACCAGGGUGACAGGGCUGUUUUGUCAUCAGCCGGUUGAUGUCACUGGGCUCCUCAUAGGUACUGAUGCUAGCGGAGGUCCCAAUACCCACGACCCUCGCCUUAGGGCUGUAGGGUGGUCGGUCGUGCUUUGCGAACUCCGCGCUGAUGGCCUUAUUGAGCACGGGACCAUCUCAGGCCUUCUUCCGCCGGGCAGCACGGUGCCUCAGGGGGAGUCCCUCGCAAUCAUUGAAGCCCUCAAGGCCACCACUGGCAGCUUUGACCUCACAGGUGAUUGCAAGCCGGCUCUCAAAGCCCUGGCUGCCAGAGCUCUCAACAAAAAACAUAUCCCUGAAUGGGGUCCAGUCUGGCAGGAGCGAGCAAGGGCUCAACCGCACUGGGUUAGGAGCCACUGCACGGCUGAGGCCUUUGAGGCUGAAUUCCCUGGUCAGCUUUGGCGCCGCGAGCUCAAUGCCAAAGCAGACACUCUCGCAGGGAGCCGAGCUGCUGCUGCAUGCACCCCGCAUUUUGUACGCAAAGCCUCCCGUUUCUACAAUCUCAAGGAUCUUGGCUUUUUCAACUUUGGUGUUGAUGCCCGUGGCUUCAUUAUGAUGUGGGACACCGCAGACUGGCUUCCAUGGGAGGGUCAAAGGGCACACUGGCCGAACAGACAGCGUGCCUCGGCUUUCUGGAGCGCGGUCAAGAGGAGUGUUCCAGACCACUUUCAGGAGCUACUCCAGCUUGUCAGCAACGCCUCGCCUGAGGAGGUGCUGCAACGGCUACGACCACUCCUUACGCAGCACUACAAGUGGUGCCUGCUACAGCAGGGAGUUUUCCUUGGUGACUAG